CUCACUUGCCACUUCGUGGAGAGUUGACUAGGAUUUGCAAUUGCAGAAAGUGCAGUCAGUUGGCAAGAAAGCAUGUGUAUAGCCGUAUUCAUAUGGAAAGCGCAUCCGCUCUAUCCCUUCCUCCUAUUCCUCAACAGAGAUGAAUUCCACAAUCGUCCCACGAAGCCUUUGGCAUGGUGGGAAGAUAGUGAUAUAGUUGGUGGAAGAGAUGAAGUUGCUGGCGGGACUUGGCUGGCUUGUACUCGCUCCGGAAGAGUGGCUUUCCUUACUAAUGUUCGGGAAAUCAAUUCAAAUUCAGACGCCAAGAGUAGAGGAGACCUUCCUGUUCGAUUCUUAAAGAGUAAUAAGAGCCCACAUGAUUUUUCGGAGCAACUUUUGGGAGAAGCUGGUCAAUAUAAUGGGUUUAAUUUGAUAGUAGCUGAUCUUUGUUCGAUGACCAUGGUUUAUAUAACCAACCGACCAAAAGACAGCGGUAUGUCUGCGACUGAGGUUUCAGCUGGUAUUCAUGUUUUAUCAAAUGCAACACUUGAUACUCCAUGGCCUAAGUCUCAACGGCUGGAGUGCAGUUUCAAGCAAUUAUUAGAUGAAUAUGGUGAAGCUGAAAUUCCAAUAGGACGGGCAGCUGAAAGAAUAAUGAGAGACGUGUCUAAAGAAGACAGCAACCUGCCAGGCAUCUACCCCCCUGAGUGGGAGUACCAGUUGAGCUCCAUAUUCAUUGAUACUAAAACCUCUAUGGGGCGUUAUGGCACAAGAAGCACUUCUUCACUGGCAGUGAGGAGUUCCGGUGAGGUAACAUUUUAUGAACUGUCUCUUGAGAAGGAUGUAUGGAAGGAGCAGCAGAUGACCUUUAUGAUUGAAGGUGUUGUUUCUGUAUCCUAAGAAGUUCUUCAAACAUGAACUACCAAGAUCCAAACAAGACAAUGUUUGUGAUCUUUCCCAUGGACAAAGCGGCUGAGUUAUCUUCCUCUGUCUUAAAUCUGCAUAAUCAAGUAAUACUUCGGUGAUCCUACAUUCAUUCGUUUCUCUACGCCAGGACCUCCUUGCACAAUCUGCUAGGGAAGAUGAGGUGGUUUUGCUUAAUAAGAGCAUCAUAUUAAGUGUAUAUCUAAAUCUUAGCUGCUGACACUAGAAUAAGUGUUGUAGCUAGUGUUGUAAUAUGAAUGUACUAGUAAGUGUUCACUUGCCCAGCACUGAUACUUAUUAAUGAAGGACAGGAUGAAAAGAUGGGGGUCAUAACCUCCAUUUUCCGUGUUAUUCUUUUU